UUCAAGGGCACUGCAAAAUUUUAUCGUAAGACUAAGAUGGAUAUUUUGAGGAUUUUAUUUGUUCUUUUCAAAGUUACGGCUGUAACGAAAGCCAUCGGAUGUCGAACUUUGACGUUCCUUUCAUGCAUGGAGAACAUGACAUUCACAGGUCACGUCACAAGCUCUUUUGAAGACUCGGAACCUGAAAGCAUGUGCAAAGUGAGAUGUUGGAUGGAUGACUCUUGCGUUUCGAUCAACCUCAAGCCAAAUGGAAGUGUGAUGACCUGUGAACUGAGCAACACAGAUCACAUUGGAGAACCCAGUGAUCUUGUUCCAAUUCCAGGAGGCAAAUAUUGCCCAGUUAAGAACCCAUGUUCAUCAAAUCCAUGUCAGGCUGGAACCAAAUGUACACCAGACUUUUCAUUUGAAAAAUACAUCUGCAAGAACAACAAUAAUGAGGCAACUACUUCUGGUACAACAAUACCAACUACCCGUGGAUCUACUGACCAGUCUUCUGAUACACCAACACCAACUACCCAUGGAUCUACUGACCAGUCUUCUGAUACACCAACACCAACUACCAAUGGAUCUACUGACCAGUCUUCUGAUGCACCAACACUAACUACACAGGGAUUUGGGGAAGGGUAUGAUAAGUAACUCCGACAUUUACGAAAAUACAGCUAUUUAAAAUAUUAGUAAAGUCUUUGUUGCAUGCUGCACACCAAGUCCAAAAAGUAAUACGAACGAUGUGAAUACAAUCAGCGAAAGGUCACAACGAUUUGAAAUUUUCUCAACCUUUGUCUGCACGUUGUUCCGUUGUUUUUCUGUCUGCUGUGCUAACAUUAUUUACAUACGAAUGUAAUUGAUGGGUUGCAAACAUACCCAUGAGAGAUAAAAGAGAAAAAAUGGCGGCCAUUGUGGUACCGUUAUCAAUGGAUGCUAAUGAGAAAUGACGUAACGUGCAGACGAAGCCAAUAUGUUUUUUUCUUUCACUCGGUCUCAGUCCCUUUCUCAAUUCCGGAAAAAGAAUUGUGUAGUCACUAAAAUUCGCAAGUUAUAAAACACACGUAAAAUUUUGUUUCUUCAUUUGGUUCUGAUUUUGAAAGGGCCUAACACUUUCCUGAGGUACACCCGACCGGGAUACCCGAGCUCGUUCUUGAUGCACCAAAAUUUUUAUAAUAUAAGGCCUUUUAAAAACGUCGCUGAUAAAGCAAGUUUGCAUGCAUACAGAUCAGUUAUAAAGGAUUAAAUAAUGUAUCGUGAGGUUUACUGAGGCCCCGUCCACCGUAUCCGCAAAUAUUUGUAUCCGCAAUUUUUUUUUACGGAU